AUGGUAGUCUCACCAAACCCUCCAACGAUUGGGAUUGUCGUUCCCGCUGCCGGUCGAGGUACGCGUGCUGGGCAAGGCUGUCAGAAAGCAUAUCGCCGCAUUGCUGGUGACACUGUGAUCAAUCGUGUCCUGAAAUUAUUCCGGUCAUGGCAUGCCGACUGUCCCAUUGUCAUUGUUCACCAUGCCGAUGACACCUCACUACUGGAAGCUUCGAUAGAUCGCGACCAGAAGAUUUACACCACAACUGGAGGUGUCGAACGGCAGGCGUCUGUCCUUCAGGGACUCCGCCUCCUUUCUACGCUAGACUGCGUCCCGUCCCACGUCUUCAUCCAUGAUGCAGCGCGUCCGUUCGCGUCGCACGCCUUACUGGAUAGUGUUCUCGAGUCGCUAUCUACAGACCCAUCUAUCGGCGUGAUUCCGGCUAUCGCUGUGUCUGAUACACUCAAGAAGACCGAUUCAAAUGGUCUCAUUACAGCAACCGUUCCGCGGGAUGGGCUCUUUCGCGCACAAACACCACAGGCGUUCGAAUUCUGGUCAAUUCUGGCCGCCCACGAGCGCGCCGCAAAGUCGGGCUCCAACUACACUGACGAUGCGUCCCUUUUCGAACAAGCCGGGUUGCCUGUUCGUGUUGUACCCGGGGAUCCACAAAACAUCAAGCUGACCUUCAGUGUGGAUUUUGAGGAGGCAGAGCGCUUCUUACAGGCAAGAAACUCACCAAUAGCCCCACCCACGAUACCAGACGUCCGCGUAGGCCACGGCUACGACACACAUCGACUGGUGCCCGGCGAGGGGGUCAUCCUCUGCGGCGUCAAAAUACCGCACAGUGCCUCACUCCUCGGCCACUCCGAUGCAGACGUUGGACUGCACGCCCUGACCAACGCAUUCCUGGGAACCAUUGGCGCCGACGACAUUGGCAGCCAUUUCUCACCGUCCGACCCCCAGUGGAAGGGGGCUUCGUCCGAUCAGUUUCUGCGUCAUGCCGCUCGGCUGGUGGUGGAGGCAGGCGGUACGAUCACGCACUGUGACGUGAGCUUUGUGUGUGAGAAACCGCGAGUCAGCCCUUAUCGGGAUGCAAUGCGGGAUUCGGUGGCGGGGAUCGUCGGGUUGGAUCGGGGGCGGGUGUCUGUCAAGGCUGGGACGAACGAGAAGAAUGGAUUUUUAAUCCUCGGCCUGAUCGAGAUCGAAUCAAGAAAGAUCCACUACACUUGCCGGGCUUCCGUCGGCGAUGCGCAGGAACUAUGUAUGAAUCCAGGACCGUUCACCACGCAGCAUACCGUGGCCCACAAGACCAUUCACAAAGCCACAGCCCGGGAGCAAAUCGACCAGGCUGUACGAGAAGGCUAUGGCUUCUACUUGAACUUCAUGUGGGGAACGCAUGAUGAUUCUCUGGCUGGCGUGGAUGCCAUCCGAUACUUUGAGUCUCUCAAUCUGCCCUCUGCGGGCGUCCAAAGCGCCGAAAGAGCGCAAUCAAAAUGGGACUUCUUUGCCGAAGCCAAACGUAUCGGCAGCCCGCUGGUGCCGGGAACAGAGCGCUUCCCCUUGUUCGUGAAGCCAGCGUCGGGCUAUGGCAGCAUGUUCAUCGAUAGGCAUUCUCUGUGUCACAACGAGGCCGAGUUGCGGCAAUGCAUCGAAAGAUUGAAUAAGUCAAUGCGCCCAGUCAGGAUUCAACGGGCGCAAGCUCUAGGCCAUCCAGCACCUGAGAAAUACGCCGACGACUGCGAAGCAGCCGGAGGGGAUAGCACUGAUAUCGUCGUGCAGGAGUUUAUCGACGGGGAAGAGUACUCCGUGGUGGUGAUAGCGAUGGGCGAGAGACCGGCUCCAUUGACACCCCAACGCGUGAAAUAUAAGCAAAUAUCGGAGGAUGAACGAUUCAUGACCUUGGACCUCAAGUUCGAUCCAGAGUCGGGUUAUGAACUUCUUCACGAAUCCGAGAAUCCCGAUCUAUACAGACAUCUUCAGGAGACGGCAGUAGAGGCAUUCACGACUAAGAAAAUGUAUACAAACUACAUGGGCUGCGAUGUUGACAUGCGCCUAGGCCGUGAUGGAAGAGCCUAUGUGAUCGAAGUGGACCCUCUUCCUGUGUUUUUCUAUCCUACAGGAUCCCAGCUGGAGGACACGGACGUCAGAUACGGAUUUCCGGGCAGCUACAGGGCCGUUCUUAAUACCUACAUCACCAAUUACUUUCUCAAGAAUCCUGGUCUCCGAGAAGUACGCUUCACGGAGCUAGCUGCCCUGUUCGACCAAUACAGUCUUAUGCCACAUUCCGUCAUUGAUGUUGUAGGGCUGGGCCAUUACGAGGGCACUGCACUUGACCUUGGGUGUGGCACUGGAGCUGUGGGCCGCGCGCUGCAAACCGGGUCUCAAAACCGAAUCACUCGUCUAGUGGGUGUCGACAUGUCCAAUGGGAUGUUGGACGUCUGUCGCCGAAACGGUCUAUACAGCGAACUGGUAUAUGACAGGAUGGAAUUUUUCCUCGCCCGCCAAACUGAAAUGGUGGAUCAUAUAUUCUGCGUUUCGUCACUGGGGUUCCUCCCUGUGGAAGAGCUCGACUUUGUUCUUGUGCGAUGCUUCCAGCUGGCCAAGCAGACUAUCACAUUGGUCGUUGAGGAUAACAAGGGCUUUGUGACGAGUGGCAAUGAGCAGUUCGGACGGUUGCAUGACUACUGGACUGACCAUUCCGAGAAUAUCAGAACAUUUCAAGUCCCGCCUGGCUGGCAUCUGUGUUCCCCAGUCGAAGCUGCUUUGUGUCACCAGGAAGAUCGUUUGCAGUUUCGUUUUGAACGAGUGGACAAGGCUUCAUAG